UAUUCAAAAACAGCAACGGCUCGAGUUCAGAACACAGGACGGAGCAGAGAUUUCGCUUAGUUAUUCUAAAAACAAAAAUAAUUGUAAUUUAAAUACAAUAAUUACAGAGUGUUGUGUAAAAUGUGCAAUUGAUUAAACAAACAAAAUUAGUAAAAAUUUAAACAUACCCAUAAUAAUUUGUGUGUAAUAUCUGUCACGAAAUAAAAGCAACACAUCUAAUUAAUUUAUUCGUGAGUUAAAAACGUUGCUCUGUGUGUAAAAUUCUCUAUUUUCCUAUUAAAGGAAAAUCGAGAAUAAAAAAAAUAGCGAAAAUUUGAAAAAGAAAUACUAAGGCUGUCCAUAUUUAUUAUUUGAGGAGAAAUCUAUAAAAGACAAAAAAUGGUUGGAACAACUGUUUUAAAACGUGUGGAUGAGAAUGAGUCUAAUGCUUUUAAGCAAACCAAAAAAAUAGGUGUCUCAACCAAUGAGGUCACUAAAAGAGCCGCUUUGGGAGAUCUUCAAAAUCGUGGUGUCUUGCGUACCAUUGCCGCCAAGGAUGCUGCACAAAAAGACUUGAAAGACACAAAACUACAAAAUGCCUUACGCGCCACCAAGGCCCGAGUUGAUAGCCACUGGAAGAAGACUACCACCACCACGAGCACAAUUGGCGGUACUACGCGAACCAAUGUUGCUACUGGCGAAGUGGUAUCGACUGCUGUUGCGGCACAGCGCAAGGUUUUAACCCGUUCCAACUCGGUUCGUAUAGGCACUAGCUCAACAACGACCACCGGAUUAGGGGGUUUGCAACGUCAUGCAUCGGCAACAUCAAGCUUGAUUGCUGGGCAAAACAAAAUAAAGACGGUGACCACAAAACUGGUCGAAAAUAAAGUGCAACAAGUCAAAAUUAUAAAUAAAACCAUCAAGACUGAAGCGGGUGUUACUGUCGAUCCCUCUCUACGCCGUGAAGACAGUAAUCUAUCGCGCAAAUCUCUAACAAAACUUAAAGCUGCCAUAUCACAGAGUGCAGCUGCCGCCAUCUCAAAACAGCCAUUGGCUAAGACCAAUUCGGCUACAUUGAUUUUGAAUCGUAAAGAAAUCAAACCUGAAGUUACCAAAGCCGCUGCUACUGCUACUACUGCUGUCGAUAACAAACUAAAAAUCGUCAGUGUCCAAUCACACUCUUCGAAGCUUCUGGAAGAUGUCAAAGACAUUGAUGAAGGGGACGAUGAAAAUUUGGUUCUUGUCGCCGACUAUGUCAAUGACAUUUACUCGUACCUCUUUAAAUUGGAGACAGAACAGCCGGUGGUGAAGAAUCAUUUGGAAGGCCAGGCCGAGGUCUAUGCCAAAAUGCGCGCUGUUCUCAUCGAUUGGAUCAAUGAAGUGCACACACAAUUUCAUUUGGUUGCAGAAAGCUUUCAACUGGCAGUAGCCAUCAUUGAUCGUUAUCUGCAAACAGUCAAAGACACCAAACGCUCCCAUUUGCAAUUGGUGGGUGUUACGGCCCUCUUCAUAGCAGCCAAGUAUGAGGAAUUGUUCCCACCAGCUAUUGCUGAUUUUAUUUACAUCACCGAUGAUACCUACACCGGCAAACAAAUACGCCAAAUGGAAUUACAAAUAUUCAAAGCAUUGGAUUGCAAUCUAUCGCGACCAUUGCCAAUUCAUUUCCUGCGUCGUUUCUCCAAAGCUGCUGAAGCUGAAGAUAGUCAUCAUGCCAUGUCGAAAUACUUUUUGGAAUUAGCCAUGAUCGAAUAUGAUAUGUCACAUUACAAGCCUUCAGAGAUUGCUGCUGCAUCCCUGUUCUUAUCUCUUAACCUAUUGAAAGAUAACAGCAACGUAUCGAGUGGUUUGAAUAACAAACACUGGAACUCCACAUUGGAAUGGUACUCACGGUAUUCGCCAGAGCAUUUAAGGCCCAUCGCUAAGAAAAUCGCCAGUGUGGCUCGCAAUGCUCCCAAUGCCAAACUGAAGGCGGUCUAUACAAAAUAUCAAGCUUCGAAAUUCCAAAAAGUCUCAACUCGUUCCGAAUUGUAUAGCCCUCUAAUGGAUUCAAUCAUUAGCAGUAAGGACUAGAAUAAGAAAACUAGAAACUCCGAUCGAUCAUUCAAGAGAGAGAGUAGGAAAAUAUCAACGACGAAACUUUAGAGCUUAGUAUAGGAGUCUACCGUUAAGGAGAAGAAAUGUAUAAGCAAACUACAUAUAUGAAGUCUGCAGCUAUAUUGUUGUCUGCAGCCAUAUUGUGGGAUAAUCUGUCUAAUGUAGAUUAUCCUUGAUGAUGACAUUUCUUUCUCUCUCCCUCUAAUUUUUUUUUUCUCUUUUAUAAUUGUAACAAUAGUUAGCAUAAUUGUUUAUAGAUAUUCGAACAGCAGCAGAAUAUUUUGACAUCAAACAUGGCGCAUGUUGUGCAGACAUUUUGAAUAUUUGCUUUCUUUAACAUCAUCGUUGUGUGUGAUAUUGAAUGAAAGCAAAACCAGUAGCUUUGGGAAGUACAAAUCCGUUUCAUUCAUAUUCCUCAUAUUUGAAACUCUUAAUUACACAGGCGCGGCGCGGCUUUACUUGUUUUUCGAACAAAAAUUUUGUCUUCUAGGUUCUGUCUAUCUGUCAGGUUGUUAGGGUCACAAUCACAGCUAAAUUUUGGCGUAAUUUGCUUUUAUGGCAAAUAGAUGGCUCAGAGAAAGCAGCUGUAUUUUAUAGUUUCUCUUCCAACUCCAUGCCUUCAUUUUUCUUAAACUACUUUUACUAUGCAUUCGCAUUUGCUGGCUAAAUAAAUAUGCGACAAUAUAAGAUAGCAUUCUCUUUUUCUCUCUGCUCUACUCUCUGUUCUGUCCUGUUUCCUUUUUUUUUGUUUCCUAAGCACACUAGGGCUUAGCUAGCUUUCCCCCCAAAAUCCAAUUCAGUUUCCUUAAAUGUUUGCUUUAAAGCUCAAAUGAUUUGUUUUUAAAAAUUUUCAAACCAUAUUUACCAUGGCCUAUACCACUGACUGAUUACUGAUUUUCUAUCAUUUCAUUUCACAAAUUUUUCGCCUUCUUUUCAGUUUAUUAUUAUUUAUAUUUUUAAGUUAUUAUUUUUAUGUUUUUUUGUCAAUUAUUAGUUUAUUCAUUCAUUUUUAUAAUAAUGAACGUUCUUGUUUAGUUUUUGUGCUUUUGUGCGUUUAAGGCUAUUAUUUUAUUCAAAAUGAUUUUGUGUUUAAUUCAUAACAAUUAUAGAUUUAUAAACGGCCAGGCAUAGGCGGCGGAAUAACCGCCGCAUACGUGGACGAGUAAAAUGCUUGUAAAACUUUGGUUUUUGGAUGACUCGAUUAUCAUCCGAAAACUAAUACAUUAAUACGAAAUGAAAUUUCAUUCGAUACAAAAGUCAACUCUCAAUCACGUAUGCGGUAAUUCAACCCCUAUCUAUUCAUCUAUGUAUAUCUAUUGAUACUCCACUGUACUUGUGGAAUUAAUAGCUUGAGAUCUGCACAAAUCAUGUAGAAUACUGCUUGAUUCCGAUGAGUGUAUUUUACACGAUUUAAAAUACUAUUUCUAAAUUUUAUAGCACGCAAUUUGUAUGUAUUUUUUAAACACUAUAAUAUAUAUAUUUUCCAUUUUUUUUUAA